CCUCAAUAGACGUCAGUGAUUGGUUGAAAUUACCGAAAUACGACAGUUUUAACACGAAAUAACUUUAAAAAUAUAAACUUUUCUCAACAACACUAAGAGUAAAAGAUGUUUUAUAUGACACAUUCUACCAGUGUCCAAAGAGCCUGACUUGUCACAUUCUAUGUCAUACUAAAUCUCCCUGAGAACAACGUUAAGAGUACAUAUGUCUGUGGAGUGCUCAGCUACUUGCACGUUAAUUUCACGAGCAAUUUGUUCCGUUGAUUGAAUCAGCUGGAACCAUAACUCUAACCAACGGAAUGCUGCAAUACAAUACAAUUUUGAGCAACAGAGAUUCAGAAUCCAACCGAAACCAGCUGGCGAAAGUUCUGCCUGGUGUUAAACUAGUAGUAACAUGAAACAGCCACUUUGAUGUGGCGAUUAACUUUACUGGUAUUCUUUUAUUGGAUCUUUCUGUUCUCUGUUCUAUAAGACAAAAUAUACAAGUAUACGAAACUUUAAAGUGUUUCGGUAGAAAACACACUAAAUAAAAAAUGGUGUCCGCCAAAUCAGAAAGAUCCCUCAAUUUUGCCAGCUGAAUAAACUGGAGCAACAUGAAAUUUAUUCCAUGUCUUGCUCAAGGACAGAAGGCGCGCCCAGGAAUCGAACUCAUGACCUCAGGAUCAUGAGCUGUCCUAACCACUAGGCGACACGUCUUCAAAAGGUCCAAAAGACAAAAUUCGGAAUUUUUCUUUAAAUACAAGCUAGAAGAGACGAUUGAAAAAAAAUUCACGCUGAAACGAAUAAAUUCUGGAAGUUUUAGUAGUUUCGUUUAGCUGAAAUAAGAAGACAAUAUUAAACGCAUUCCCGGUUUUGUAUAUUUAUAAGGAACGAUAGCAAAUAUGGAGGAGCACGUGGAUAAGUCUCGGACCCUGUUUGUUAGGAAAAUACCUCUGACAGCAACAAAUGAAUCCCUUGCGAAUAAAUUUAGUGAGGUUGGACCAGUUAAACGGGCUUUUGUUAUUAAAGAAAAAGGUGAAACUAAGAAGAACCGAGGCUUUGGUUAUGUCACAUAUUCUUUCAGAGAUGACGCUGUUAAAGCAAUGGAAACCAUCAAAGAAUUUGAUGGUCGUAACAUAUUCAUCACUUUUGCCGAUCGGAGAAAUAUGGGGGAUUCUUCAUCACAGAAAAAAGCACCCCCAACCAAACGGGUUGAGUCGAGUAAAUACUUAAGAGCCAGAACUAUUGUCGUGUCACGGAUUCCGAAAAACACACCACUUGAGAAAAUCGAGAAACUGGCCAAGUCCCUAAAGAAGGUUAUUAAUAUGGAAUACAAAGAUGCAGAAACCAAUCCAACGGCAUUGAUGCAUUUUAAAUCUAUCCGUGAAGCAAAGAUGGCCCUGCGUAAACUAGACAAUUCACAAUUCAGAGGUGUGACUUUAAAGGCAAUACAACAAUGUAACGAUGCUGCUUACAUGCCUCGGAAAGUUCUCAAGAUGCGACGCCUCAUAGUUAGGAACCUGUCUUUCAAAGUAUUGAUACCGAGUUCAAAUAACAGAAGUUGCGGUUUUGGAUUUAUUCAGUUCAUAGACAUUCGAAGUGCUGACAGAGCUAUUAAAGAGAUGAAUGCAAAGGAAAUUGAUGGACGAGUUGUUGCCAUUGACUGGGCAAUAUCCAAGACAAAAUAUGAUAAAUACAAAGAAUCGUUACAGCAAAAAGAUUCUAAGAAAGAUGACAGUAAAGUCCCUGUCAAUGGUAAGGGUUCAGGUGGUGACAACGAUGAUGAUGAUGAUGAUGAUAAUGACGAUGAUAACGAUGACAAUGAUGAUGAUGGCAGUGAUGACUCUGCCAGCGUUCAUGAAGAUGUGAAGUCAGGGAAGAAGAAAGUUAAAAGCAAAAUCUCUGAUGAUGAUGAGAGUGAAGGAGAUGACGACGGCGACGAUGAUGAUGAUGGUGUUGAAGAUGAUGAUGGUGAUGAUGAUGGUGGUGAAGAUGACGAUGGUGAUGAUGAUGAUGACGAUGGUGAUGAAGAUGAUGAUGAUGAAUCUGAUAUAAAUGACAGUGACAUAGAAGACAGCCAAGUUGAAGACAAGGCAUCAAAGAAGAAAGCUCAAACCAACAAACAGCUGCAGAACAAAAAGAGUGAUGUUAAUCAAGGAAGAACCAUUUUUGUCAGGAAUGUUCCAUUCAGUUGUACUGAAGCAGAUUUAACAGAUUUAUUCUGCAAAUUUGGAGAAAUUACUUACAGUGUCCUGGUAAAGAAAGAUAAUAUUCCUAGAGGAUCUGGCUUUGUACAGUUUGUAAAUAAAGAAGAUUCAGAGAAGUGCCUUGAAAGAUGUAGUGGAGAAACACCGAAAGAGAAGAUCUUAAGUGGUGGUCGCCAACUGUUUGUCUCCGCUGCCCUCUCUCGUGAACAAGUUGACAACUUGAAGACUUCAAAAACAGAAAAUACCAACAAAGAUGGUCGGAAUUUGCAUUUAGCUCGGGAAGGAUUAAUCCGUGUUGGUAUGAAAGCUGCUGAAGGCCUUUCCAAAUCAGAUUUAAAUAAACGACUAAAGGUAAGUUUCCCUUUUUUGUUAUUGGAUUUUAAUCCCAGAAUUCAGCUGUGCAAAUACCCUAAUCCCUUGGUUUCAAUCAUCAUCUUUACCAUCAUCCUUGUUUAGCAACUUUUCUCCAAG